AUGCUUCGCAAAAACAAGCAAACUAGUUCGGUGUGGUGUUAACGUUAUAGAUAUUUGGUUGCCAAAAUCAUAAAAGCGUAAAAAACGAAAAAAAUAAAUUACCGUUAUAAACUCUGAAAAGGUGCUACUGGUCGAAAAUGAGAUUUCGAAUGACCACGAUUUUGGAGAAGGUCCAUGCAACAUGCGAUUUAAAAUCUCGUUUUUAACGAGCCUGCGGCAUUGAGCAACCAACAUGGCUGCUGACACAUCGUUAAUAUGUUUGGAUGAGACACUUUUAUGACAGUGUUUUCUCAAAAUAUGCCCAGAUCUCGAUAAACGUUCUGGGAAAACGAGUUAAGUGUAUGGAAUCGCUGCUUGGAAAGCAAAUAACGCAAAGUGCAGCUUAGCCUAAUCUUGAAGCUGGGCAAAUGCAUUUACGAUGAACCAAUUGAUGUGGUGUAUACUUGGGUUAAUGGUACCGACCCUAGGUUCCUAAAUGAUAUGCAUUUUUACCAUAAAUUACAGGAUUCUAACGUUGAUAGUUCCAAAAAACGAUACGAGGAUAAAAAUGAAUUAAGAUUUUCUUUACGGUCUUUGGAAAAAAACGCACCCUGGGUAAAUCACAUUUAUAUAGUAACAAAUGGGCAAAUUCCGCAUUGGUUAGAUUUAAAUUCUGGAAAAGUUUCGAUCGUGACCCACAAUCAAAUAUUUAAAGACACCUCCAAUUUGCCCACCUUUUCUAGUCCUGCUAUCGAAAGUAACUUACAUAGAAUACCUGGUUUAUCUGAUAAGUUUAUUUAUUUCAACGAUGAUAUUUUUCUCGGUCUUCCAACUUAUCCAGAAGAUUUUUAUAUUUCCAAUAAGGGUUACCUUAUUUACUUGGCGUGGGUGGUGCCGCAAUGUAACCCCAAUUGCCCGUGGAUGUAUGUGAACGACGGGCAAUGUGACAAAGCGUGCAAUAACGUGAACUGUCAGUUCGACGGAGAAGAUUGCGUACAUAACAUGGGGCAGUUUCCGAUCGUUAGCUACGAAGAUUCCAGUUUCGUGGACAUGGAAAAGCAGAAACUAAACGAAUUUGAGGAAUUUAAAAAAAAGGUGCAGCAAUUAUUCGACAAGAAAGUUUACGGUAGCAUACCUAGAAAGCAAUACCAAAGCGAGCACAACAAGACUGAUAAAGUAGCUUUAAUUAAAAACUUAACGAACAUAAUCAACGAACAUAACAAUCAAGUUAUGCGCAAGAACAAGGUACAAAAUAGGAAACAGAGGUCGGUGCGCGAGAAAUUAAGCGGUGGCAGCGGAUCUUUCAAUAUCGACGCUUAUAGUGAAUCGUUGCAGUACACAAAUCGGCUUUUUAAUAAGAAGUAUGGGUUUAAGGUUAGGAAGGUACCGGCGCAUGCGCCAAUUCUAAUAGAAAAGGAAAUCAUGGCAAAACUGCAGGCCACUUUUCCCACAGAAUUUGCGUUGACUGAACGGAACAGAUUCCGGAGGGCAAACGAUAUGCAGUUUUCCUUCAGCUAUUAUUAUUUUUUAAUGUCGGAAAAAAUACAAAAAACCAGCGGCGAGAUUUUUGAUGACGUCGAUACCGACGGGUCUGGAACUUGGUCGGACAGGGAAAUAAGAAACGUGCUAACAAAGAUGUACGAGUUGCCUUUGAGUUACGAAAUCGUAGACGGUUUCGAAGCGAUUCUGAUUAAUUGCUCUGAAAGACAAACGUUCAAUAUCUUAUCGACUCCACCUUACGAGAGAUAUAUCGACUCGAAAUUGCCAACAAUAACGAGGGACAUGGUUGUUGAAUGCUCCCACUUGAGCCAAAUACUUCGAACCAAAUUUGGUUCUGUACCAAAGUAUAAGUAUGAAAUUAUUAAAAGUUCAGAAAAUGGACACGUGACUUUUCGUAUGUUGCGAUCCAACAUCACGGACGUCGUCAUUCAAUUGGACGAGAUCAGAGAAGAACUGAAAAAAUUCAUAUGUCUGAAUGACAAUUUGGACGAAACGAAGUCUGCUGAAAAUGAAGUAAUACGAGCCAUUUUAUACGACUUCUACCUGUCCUUGUUUCCAAAUCCGAGCAAUUUCGAGCUCCCGGAAGAGUCUCGAAACAGGUUCCUCUACAUGGACGAGCUCAACGAUUGGAAGACCCACCACUAUAGGGUCAAAGUAUUAUUAUGUCUUACGAUUUGUUUCCUGAUUUUUGCCAUGUUUUUUGGCUUACUUAAAAAAAGUUGUUGCGUCUUGUUUAAUAAAAUUUUUUGUUAAAUUGGAGUAUUUUUAUUAUUU